GCAGCUGCUUUGCUCAGAUCUCACCCAGCCUCACCAUGAGGGAGUGCAUUUCCAUCCACAUCGGGCAGGCCGGAGUGCAGAUGGGCAAUGCCUGCUGGGAGCUCUACUGCCUGGAGCACGGCAUCCAGGCCGACGGGACCAUUCCCAGCUCCAAGCAGGUGAAAUCCAUGGAUCCCAACUCCGAGCAAGUGGAUUCCUCCUUCGAGACCUUCUUCUGUGAGACGGCGUCUGGCAAGCACGUGCCCCGGGCGGUGUUCAUAGACCUGGAGCCCACUGUCAUUGAUGAGAUCAGGACCGGGACCUACCACGGGCUCUUCCACCCGGAGCAGCUCAUCAGUGGCAAGGAGGAUGCUGCCAACAACUACGCCCGCGGCCACUACACCAUCGGCAAGGAGAUCAUCGACACCGUGCUCAGCAGGAUCCGCAAAAUGGCUGACCAGUGCAGCGGACUCCAAGGCUUCCUGGUCUUCCACAGCUUCGGAGGAGGCACCGGCUCCGGCUUCACCUCGCUCCUCAUGGAGCGCCUCUCCGUGGAGUACAGCAAGAAAUCCAAGCUGGAAUUCUCGGUGUACCCGGCCCCGCAGGUGUCCACGGCCGUGGUGGAGCCCUACAACUCCAUCCUGACCACCCACACCACGCUGGAGCACUCGGACUGCUCCUUCAUGGUGGACAACGAGGCCAUCUACGACAUCUGCCACCGCAACCUGGACAUCGAGCGCCCCACCUACACCAACCUCAACAGGCUGAUCGGCCAGAUCGUGUCCUCCGUCACGGCCUCGCUGCGCUUCAACGGCGCCCUCAACGUGGACCUCAUCGAGUUCCAGACCAACCUGGUGCCCUACCCGCGCAUCCACUUCCCGCUCACCACCUACGCGCCCAUCGUCUCGGCGGAGAAGGCCUACCACGAGCAGCUCUCCGUGCCGGAGAUCACCAACGCCUGCUUCGAGUUCUCCAACCAGAUGGUCAAGUGCGACCCUCGCCGCGGCAAGUACAUGGCCUGCUGCCUGCUCUACCGCGGCGACGUCGUCCCCAAGGACGUCAACGCCGCCAUCGCCGCCAUCAAGACGCGCCGCUCCAUCCAGUUCGUGGACUGGUGCCCCACCGGGUUCAAGGUGGGCAUCAACUACCAGCCGCCCACGGUGGUGCCCGGCGGGGACCUGGCCAAGGUGCAGAGGGCUGUGUGCAUGCUGAGCAACACCACGGCCAUCGCCGAGGCCUGGGCCCGCCUGGACCACAAGUUUGACCUGAUGUACGCCAAGAGGGCCUUCGUGCACUGGUACGUGGGGGAGGGCAUGGAGGAGGGCGAGUUCUCCGAGGCCAGGGAGGACCUGGCGGCCCUGGAGAAGGAUUAUGAGGAGGUUGGAAGGGACUCGGCGGACGGGGAGGAGGAUGAGGGUGACGAGGAUGAGUAUUGACAGACUGCGGCCUGG